UCACUUUUUGUGAGGUGGGGGAGGGGGGCGCAGAAUUUUUCUUUCGCCUAGGGCGCAACACAGCCUAGCGCCGCACGCACGCACGCAUAACGGUCCUCCAAGGUCUUGAAGACCAGCCCAGGUCACGUGGGGUUCGGCGGCGCAGUGUUGACAGUCACAGUGACAUAUUUAGCCGUGCAUCCUACACACACCUGGCAGUCAGUCACCUGCACUGUGUCUGUGGGACUGUGUGCUGUACUCACUCACCACACGAGGGCUGCAGUAGAACAUCCGUGUGUGUGUGUGUGCUGGCACCUGCAUCAUUGACACGCUGUACAGGUGUGUUCUGUGUAAACCAGUCUCUACAACUAUUUCCAGCCAGGUACACAAGGACUUUCCGUUACUGGAAUCACAGGUGGGCUGACACAGCAUCGGGUGUUGACGCACUGACACACAAACAGGCCCUGUCCAUUUUUCAGAACAUAGAGAUCCGAACCCUAAUGAAUAUUUCGGGAUGAGCAGUCACGUCGAGCUGCUGAAGUGUCGGACACGAGCUCCGGAUGUCUUGUGCAAUCGUCACGUGAUCUUCAGUCAUCGACGGAAUAGUACACCAGGUGUAAGCAGGUGUUUUCAUUGCGAGGACGUAAGCACUAUAAUAAGAAAGACCACGGACAGGUGGACUGCUGUGUGUCUGCCGAGACCAACGCUUAGCCUCUUGCGAAGUUCUCCGCUGUUAGUCUCGAGUACAGCCAUGAAAUCUGGCGCUUGGCGACAUGUUGUGGCGCUGCCAGGACCGCGAAUGUUGUUGCUGCUGCUGCUGCUGCUGCUCGGCGUCCACACUGCUGCAGAUGCUGCUACAGGACCGACGUACGCGCAGCGCCUGGACCAGGCGUCCCUUCUCACCAGGGGCGCCACCGCGGACACCGCCAGCCUCGUCACAGCCCCGGAUGUACAGAACCUGUUGGCUCUGUCCAGCGCCACCGUCCAGCAGGCCGUGCUGACCUCCGCCACUACCUUGUCGUCGCCGUCGUCGACCGGUUCGUCGAGUGACGUGGCAGCCGGCGCGAGCGGGGCGGAGGUGUGUGCCAACGACACCAUCGCCACCAUCAUGGCGCUGACACAGAGACAGAUGUGGGCCGUGCAGAUGGCGGAUGCUGCCGGCAAACCCAAACCAGACAUACUGGACGGCAACUUCCUCUGGCCUGGAUCCUACGACCUGUGCUUCUCCAUCCGCUCUGAUGGGAACCAGUCGAGUCAGUUCUCCGGCCAGUACUGCACGGCCACUGUACCACUUGCUGCUGCACCUCAAGUUUCUUUCUUCCCUAUAGUCCUGUCUAUAGGACUGUGUGUUCCCAGUACCUGUUCUAGCACCGACAUGACCUCGCUUCUGACAGAUGUUCUUGCUCUAUUGAACACGUCACUGACUGUGAAAGUAACGUGUCGCGAGAAAGACAAACCAAUGGAUACAAAAGCCAAGGUCGGCAUCGCCAUCUGCAGUGUCCUGCUGGCCAUGCUCAUCGCCGGAACCGUUCUCGACAUCCUUUUCAUCCAGAUGCCCAAAUGGCGGUCUCAGGACAUAAUGUCUUUUAAGGCCACCAAUGGCUUUGUCGGUCAGGAUGAACAUCAGCCACUGUUACACCAUCAGCCAGCUAAAGCCUAUGUCCCCGAGCCUGGUGUCGUUAGUAGGUUUCUUAUCGCUUUUUCCAUCUACACCAACUGCUCCAAGCUGUUGUCCACCCGCCAGCCACCCGGCAGCCUGACCUGCAUUCACGGCAUCCGCUUCCUGAGCAUGACCUGGGUCGUCCUGGGUCACAGCUUCCUGUUUGCGAUGUCCUCAGCAGAAAAUGCGGGGCGGUACCUUCCUGUCUUUAUUCAGCGUUGGACCUCACAAGCCAUUACCAGCGCCACUGUAUCGGUGGACAGUUUCUUUGCCCUCAGCGGAAUGCUGGUGGCUUAUUUAACUUUGAAGGAAAUGAAAAAGAGGAACGGAAAACUCAACUGGUUCAUGUUCUACUUUCAUCGGUUCUGGAGACUGACCCCGGCUUACAUGCUGGUCAUCAUGGUCUACACAUGUCUGUCCCCAUACUGGGGAGACGGACCCUUGUGGCCGGAAACAUUAGGGGACAGGGACAAGUGCAUCUCCUACUGGUGGAGGAACUUCUUGUACAUCAACAAUUUGUUUCCCUUUGAACAGAUGUGUUUGGCGCAGUCCUGGUACUUGGCUAAUGACAUACAGUUCUACAUUCUAAGCCCCUUGAUUUUUCUGCCCUUGUUCUACUUCCCACUGCUGGGUAUUGGCUCGGCGACGGUGUUCAUGUUGGUGUCGGCCAUCACACCUGCCAUGCUGACAAUGAGGGACAGUCUUCCUCCUGGUAUCGUGGCGAAGGUUGAGGUCAACUCCACAAUCAUGACGGACUACAUGGACUUCUAUAUCAAGCCCUACAACAGAAUGGGUCCAUAUGUUGUGGGAAUGCUGGCCGGCUACUUUUUAUAUCGCAGCGAUUGUAGGUUGAAAAUAAAAAAGGUCGUCAACUUGUGCGCAUGGGCAGUGGCGACUGCCUGCUCCCUGGCCAUCCUCUACGGUCUCUACGGGGCGUCCAGUGGGUCCCCCGUCACCUUGGCAACCUCCGCCUUCUACAACGCCGUCCACCGACACGUGUGGGGGGCUUGCGUGUGCUGGGUGGUGGUCGCUUGCGUCACCGGAAACGGAGGUUUCGUCAACACCAUCCUCUCCUGGUCAGCCUUUGUACCGUUGAGUCGGUUGACCUACUGCAUCUACUUGUUACACCUCAUGAUGAUGGAGCUUUAUCUUCUCAACUCUGACACAACAUUUUACAUGAACGACAUCAAUGUGGUGAUGUUUUUCUUGUCCAUUCUGGUUGUUUCCUACAUGGCGGCUACAGUUGCCUCUAUGGCUUUCGAGGCGCCGUUGAUGGGGCUGGAGAAGGUUCUUCUUCAUCGAGAGAAAUCCGACGAGGGCAGCAAAGCAGAUGUACAGAGCAGAUGAGCCCGCGGCUCCCAGACUGCUUGUGUGACAAAGACGCAGGAAUGAGUUCAGUUUACGAACGUAUAAAAACGGGAAGCAGUUGUUGGUCUGUUAUGGAGAGAGAGAAAAUCGUGACAUUACAUCAAAAUGUCAUUUUUCUACAGUGGAUCAGUGGCGAAACAUUGGAUUGACGAGCUAUCACUGGAGACAUUUGUCUGUUGUUCUUUACUGUACACUGGGAUGGUUCGACUCAUCAUCGUCGUCGUCAUCAUCAUACAACAGCAACAUACACUUCACAUGACACAAAAAUGAUUUAAUUACUACGGAUAAUUGAUUUGACUGUUAAACUGCUCAUUGUACAGUGGUUUACAUUGGUUUACCUCAGUAAACAGCAAUCUCACUUCCUUAUUUACCAACUUCUCCCACUGUUCGAGCAUGACCGAUGCUGAUGAGGUCGUUUGUGACCGUACUUAAUGUACAAACUUAACUUGCUAAAAAUAAACUUUAAUUAUCUAUGUAACGGUUAGCAGCGAUUGUUUUAUGAAGAACACACCAAGCAAGGCCGCCGUGUCCCAUAAUUUCACAAAAGGAAACGCGUGUCCCCGUCUAUCACAUUGUAUUUAGAUAACAUUCUUCCAAGGUCUCUCAUUGAUAAUUUAUUUACGGUGUAGUAUUGUAUGUAUGUCGCUCAACAUGUUUCUUAUGUGGUUUAGUUAUUUAUUUGUUACUUGUUUGUCAUUUUUACUAAUCUAGAAUGGUCUAUGUUUUUUCCUUGCUAUUUUCAAUUCCAAUGAUCAAUUCCUUUUUGAGUAUUAAAAUAUUUUUCACCAUCCAUCAAUGAAAUGAACUGGGCAUUCACACUCCAUUCUCGAAAAAAAAGAAGUAAGGAACAUCACCAUAUAUUUUAGAUUUUUUUUUUUUUUUUACAAACCUUCUUUCUAGAAUUACUGAUACAAAAUCAGAAUCAGCGAAACGACGCCAUUACUCUGUUCCAUAAUGGUAUGAUUCUAUAGCAAAUAUUUUAAACUUUGUGUUCCUGUUUAAAUGUGUGUAAUAUUCUAGACUAUUUUCUACUAGGAUAUAAAUUAUUGGAAGCAUUUAUGCAGAAAAGUAUCAAACAGAAACUUUUUACUUUCCAUUGACUUAAUGGAGAGUUGAACUGUGUGAUAAUUUUAUUGAAGGUAAAUCCCAACUUAUAAGAAGUCAUUUUUAGCUUCAUAAAAAGUCGAUUAUUGAAAUUUGA